UAUUACUUGUAUCUAUCUGUCAGAUCAAGAAAGGAGCUGAGAAGUGUUGCAGGGUGGUAGUAUAAUGGAGAUAAUGGUGAAGAAGGGAGAGUGGUGGAGCAGAAAGAUGAUGAGAAGAACCCCAAAAGGGCAUUUUGUGGUUUAUGUGGGGGAAGAGAUGAAGAGAUUUGUGGUUCCAACGUUGUACUUGAAGGAUGCUGGUUUCCAGAAACUGUUGGAGCAGGCUGCUGAAGAGUAUGGGUUUCAUAGCCCCAAAGGGAUUGUUUUGCCAUGCCAUGAAUCUGUGUUUCUCACCAUUGUUCUUCCUUUGCAGCAUAAAACAACCCUUUACAUAACCUAAUUAUAUAUAUAUUUUUUUUGUUUUUGUUUUUCUCAAUUGAUGAUGAAAAUAUGUCUUCACUAUCUGAUGGUGUACUCCCGCUCCUCCUAUGCCAUAACUAGUAAACCACACAUGAGGGGUCAGCU